ACACAGAGAGACACUGAGAGACAUAGAGAGACAUAGAGAGACAGAGACACAGAUAGACACAGAGACACAGAGACACACAGAGACACAGAGACACAGAGAGACACAGAGACACAGAGAGACACAGAGAGACAGAGAGACACACAGAGACAUGGCUCCAUCACUGCUCUGCUGGCUGCUGGUCAUCAUCACCGUCCACUCUGCAGAUGGAUUUCUGAAUUACAGAUUGUCUCGUUGUGUCUUUAACUCCACUGAUCUGAAUGACAUCGAGUUCAUCAGAUCCUACAUUUACAACAAGCUGGAGAUCUUCAGGUUCAGCAGCAGUUUGGGGAGAUUUGUUGGAUACACAGAAUAUGGAGUGAAGCAGGCAGAAUACAGGAACAAUAAUCCUUCAAUUAUUGGAUCAGCGAAAGCUCAGAAGGAAGCCUACUGCCAACACAACAUUGGUAACUGGUACCAGAACAUGCUGGAUAAAUCAGUGGCUCCCACCGUCAGACUCUUCUCCACUGCGCCCUCUGGUGGCCACCAUCCCUCCAUGCUGGUCUGCAGAGUUUAUGAUUUCUAUCCUAAAACCAUCAAAGUUCGUUGGCUGAGAGACGGACAGGAAGUGACAUCAGACGUUACGACCACUGACGAGAUGGAGGACGGAGACUGGUACUACCAGGUCCACUCUACGCUGGAGUACACGCCCAGGUCUGGAGAGCAGAUCUCCUGCAGGGUGGAACAUGUCAGCCUGAAGGAACCUCUGAUCACCGACUGGGACCCGUCCAUGCCGGAGUCAGAGAGGAACAAACUGGCCAUCGGAGCUUCAGGACUGAUCCUGGGUCUGAUUCUGUCUCUGGCUGGAUUCAUCUACUACAAGAGGAAGGUCAAAGGUCGUAUUCUGGUUCCGACCAGCUGAGCCCAAAUGGAGGUUCUGGUUCCGGUUCGUCCUGCUUCCUGCUGAACUGGACCAUCUAAUCCAGAACCAGAACCAGAGGAGGUUCCAGUUCUCCAUCUGGCCGGUUCUGUGGGUCGGUUCUGGUUCUGGUGGCCCGGCUGCUUCUCUUCAUCUUCCUCUAAUCAUCUUCAUCAAUAAUCAGAUUUUAAUCUUUGAUGUUUGAACCUGAAAUAAAAUCAAUAAACCAUCAGAA